AAGGCAGGUAUUGCACCAAUUCACAGAAGUUUAGGGCUGGAAGGAGCCAUCCUGCUGUGGGCAGGAAAGACAGCUGGGGUCAAAUAACCAUAGCAAGGUCUGCGUCCAAGUCUCCUUUUGAAGAUCUCCAGGCUACACUUGAUCUCAGCCAAAAGGUCAUAGAUACUGGAGUACUGUAUUUUUUUAAAUCACUGAACCCAUGGGGACUGCAGACAUUUCACUGGAAGAUAUCCACAUGAACAGCAAGGAUCUAUUGAAAAAAGAACAACUAGAUGCUGGAGGAUUUGGGAUAGUUUCUUUAUGUUUGCACAAGACACAAGGGCUUGUGGUGUUAAAAACAGUGUACACAGGACCCCAACGCACUGAAUUUAAUGCUUCCCUUCUGGAGGAAGGCAAGAUUAUGCGCAAACUAAAACAUGAUCGCGUGGUGAAAUUACUAGGUGUCAUUCUGGAAGAUGGGAACUAUUCCCUGGUGAUGGAGUAUGUCCACAGGGGGAGUCUGAUGCACAUGCUAAAAACAUCCACAAUUCCUAUGCCUCUGAAAGGGCGGUUUAUCCUGGAGAUCAUUGAAGGAAUGGUUUAUUUAAGUGAGCAAGGUUUAGUACAUAAAGACCUGAAACCGGAAAACAUCCUUGUGGACAAUGACUUUCAUAUUAAGAUUGCUGAUUUGGGUGUCGCCUGUUUUAAAAACUGGAGUCGACUGACCAAAGAAGAGACUAAUCGACAGAGGAAACUGAAGAGUGCUUCCAAGAAUGCGUCCCAGUCCAAUGCUGGCACUCUCUUCUACAUGGCCCCAGAGCAUUUAAUAUCCCUUAACAUAAAACCUGUGGAGAAGUCAGAUGUUUACAGUUUUGGCAUUGUGCUCUGGGCAAUUUUUGCUAACAAAGAGCCAUAUGAACAUGGUAUAAAUGAAGAACAAAUUUACUAUGGCAUCACAAAUGGGAGCAGGCCAGACACAGACGAAAUUAAAGGAAGUUGUCCAGAGACAAUUAUCUCACUAAUGAAGCAGUGCUGGGAACAAAAGCCAGAGACUCGGCCAACCUUUAAAGAAAUCAGUAGCGUAUACAAGCCAUUCUACUAUAAUUGCUUAGAACAAGAUGUUGAAGAUGAAGUGAGAAAGAUAAAAAUAGAGUACCCCGCACCACCUGAAAAGAUACAAAGGAUGCAGUCCCUUCAGAUAGAUGCUGUGUCUGAAUCUCCCAGUACCACAUCCCCAGAUCAGCCCACAUCCCUACACAGUUCUCAGGGCCUUUCAGCUGGCAAUGUGAAUGAAGCCAUGUUUGCUGCCUGCCCAGAUCAUCACCCUGUUGAGAGCUGCGAGACCUCCUUGGAGCCCUUUAUGAACCUAGAAAGAAAACUGCAGGAUGAAUACAACUACCAUAAAUAUGGCAGCCGGAUGGAUAAGUCAGAAAGCCAACCCAUAAUGUACACUCAUGAAAUGAAAGAGGAAGAAAGGAGACGAAGGGUUUCCCAUGAUCCAUUUGCAAAACCAUCUUUUGCUCCACAGAUGAAGGAAUCGCAUGUGAAAACUGAAAACACAGGCCCAAAAGCCAGCCCUUUUAACAAGACGACCAAUUACAGUCAUUUCCGACAACAACCACCUGCAGGAAUGCCAACACAGGAAUAUUUGCCAUAUACUCCAAAUGUGACUUACGGAGCAAGAGCUGCAGACUUCACUGCAGGAAGUACAGAGGAUCUCUAUGGGUCAGGCUCAGCCAAUACAUUUAGUCUGAAUAAGCCCCCUGUACCUGAAUCUGGCCUGGACCAUCAACCGCAGACAUCCCCAGCUUGGUUUCCAAAAAGCCUGCAGACAGAGCCAGGUAAAAUACAACCCAGUCAGUUUAAGAGAAAGACUUUUGAAUAUUUUUCAGCGGUCCCUGUAGUACAACCAAAAAGCAUAGAAGGAGAUAUAUACAUACAUAACAGUGCUGGGAUUCAAAUUGGAAGAAACAACCACAUGAAGAUUGAAGAUCAGAAUCUAUACGUAAAGAGUUGUUCUGUCAGUGCACAAAACUCAAGCGCAGAUUAUGAACGAACGGGUAUAUUUGACAGCACCACUAUCCUCUCUGAGGAGCACUUGAAUCUAGUGAGAGAGAACUUGGCUAAACAGUGGAAAGACUGUGCUCGUAGACUGGGUUUCACUAAUCCAGAUAUUGAAGUAAUUGACCAUGACUAUGAACGAGAUGGACUAAAAGAAAAAGUUUACCAAAUGCUGCAAAACUGGCUCAUGAGGGAAGGUUCCCAAGGGACUACAGUUGGAAAGCUUGCCAGAGCCCUCUAUGGAUGCCGGAGAUUAGAUCUCCUUAAUGCUUUGAUAAAAAUGAACCAGAGAUAGGCUGACUGGAAACUUUGAGGAAACUGAUAUGGUAUUUUACCUGAAGAACCUUUCAGUGAUAGCACAAAACUGUUCUGAAAUACCACCAGCAUACAAGACAUUUCUGGACCAAAAAAUCUCCUGCCAAGCAGUAUUAAGUGAAAAUAUCCUAUAGCUCAAAACAUUUAAAACUGCCCUCAUGGGGGGGGGGGGUUACUAUAUUUGUUUUAUGAAUUAAUUUUCCUGAGGUUUAAAAAAAGAAAAUCAAAAUACCUAACCCUACAGGAAAAACUAAGUGAUAAAAUAAUAUGGGGAGUGUCAGUUUGGGGAGGAUUUGUACAUCAGUUUUUCACAAAGCUUUUGGACUGCUAUCUUAAAACAUAUUUCUAGCUAUACUCAGAGUGCCUUGGUGAUGCCUAAAAGGAGCAUAUCAUAUACGCAAAGCUAACACAAUCAGUGCAAGUGUGUUAAAUUGGUUCAGUUUUUGAAAGUCCUGGAUGGAAAGCAAAACAAACUCUGUUGUUCCUAAGCAGAGAUGAUAAUCACAAAAAGUCAUCAUGGCACACAUUGCUUUAUAUCGAUUAUAUUGUUUUUAUAAAUGCACUUUUUAUUACUUUUAUUGAAUACAAAAGUUUAAAGCUAUGCAAGAUAUUGGUAGGAAUGAAAAUAGAUUGGACACAGACAGUAGUAUGUACAUUAGCAUUAAAGAGCCUUUUCUCACAGAUUUAUGACAACUGCAUUGAACAAAUUCUAUUUUCUGUUCUGUGAUAGGAAUAAAUUGAAGAAAAGGUA